AUGUUCUCUCUCGCUAGAAUCACCAAGAAUACCUCUAGAAAUUUCAGACAAUUGCAAUCUUUGAAUUUUGUUCAAAGACAAUCAUAUGCCACUGUUAAAUAUUCAAAGGAUCACGAAUGGGUUAGAUUUGAAAGUGGAAAGCAAGCUGUUGUUGGUAUUUCUGAAGAAGCCCAAUCAAAGCUUGGUGAAAUUGUUCACGUUGCUUUGUCCGUCAAGGUUGGUGAUGUUAUUCAAGCCAGCAGUGUUAUUGGUGAAGUUGAAUCUGUCAAGUCUGUUUCUGAAGUUUACUCACCAGUCUCUGGUAAGAUUACUGCAGUCAAUGCUGUUUUGAAUGAUAACCCAGGUGUCGUCAACGAAAGUGCUGAAGCUGAUGGUUGGAUGAUCAAGUUGGAAUUCGAACAAGAAGCUGAAGAAUUAAUGUCCAAGGAUGCUUAUCAAAAGUAUUGUGAAGAACAAGAACAUUAAAUUCAUCAUUAAUAUUCUUCUUCAAA